AUGAAUAAUACUGCAUAUGCUUGGAUUGCUGCUGCAAAAUAUAUUCCAAUUGGUUUUGCAUCAGCUGCUGAUGAUAAUGCACUUAAUUCAUUUAUUCAAUCGCCUUUAAGUGGUUUAGAAUCGAAUCAUAAGAAUAUAUCAGUAUUAAGUGCAGUUGCUGCAUUUUUAUAUUCAUCAUAUAUUAUUAUUUCUGCAAUUUUAAAUCCAUUUCUUGGAAAACAUCUUGAUAGUGUCUAUACAUCAACUGGAACAAUCAGACCAGCAUUUCUAAAUACAAUCGCUAUUCAAAUGGCUCUUAUUUCAGUGUUAGUGAUUGCUUCUACUUUUAUUCCAAAAGGUGCCUUUGCAUUUAAUCCAAAAUUUAUUCACGGUGAUAAUUCAAAAACUACAAGUAACAGUGCAACAAAUUCGAAUGAUACUAGUAAAAUUGCUGAAGAAAAAGACACAAGCUCUGACUUGAUUACCCGUUUUUGA